UGCGCCUGCGGAUUCAAUAACUAGGGCUGCUCCAUUCGCUAAAUUCCUCAUCCAACUUGGUUAAUUAGCAUCUUCACUAUCUGAAUUUUUUACCCAUGCAUGAUUCAUCACAUCUGGCAAGACGUCCCUUAUUUUCCUUUGCUCUAGUGUUUACUUCAAUCAAAAGAUAUUUCCAGCCUUUAUUCCUUCUUUGGCAUUGUUACUUGAAUUCCCUCGAAAUCUAUCGUUUUUCUUUUCUUUCAUGACUUAAAUUUCAUAGCACAAAUCCAGCAAAUGAGUAUUAUCCUCGUAUUAUGCUCCAUCUCUUUCACUCUCACACGGGGUGUUGCUUUUGCUGGAGUUGAGAACCUUAAAUCUGUUUUCGUGAAUAGAAGCCUCCUCAGUGAGGGAUGAGCCAGUUUGCUGAGCAUCAUGUUAAGGGUUCUGAAGUGUUUGUUGGCGGUUUGCCUCACACAGUGACUGAAAGUACUAUCCAUGAGAUAUUCUCUCAUUGUGGGGAAAUUGUUGAAAUACGUCUUAUAAAGGAUCAAAAAGGCAGCAUAAAGGACUUUUGCUUUGUGCGUUUUGCAACAAAAGAGGCUGCUGAGAAGGCCGUGAGAGAAAAAUCUGGAUUUGUGCUAGAUGGAAAGAAAAUUGGUGUUCUCCCGUCUAAAGAGCAGGAUACUUUGUUUUUCGGAAACCUCAAUAAAGGUUGGAGCACUUAUGAAUUUGAGGGAAUUAUACGUCAGGUUUUUCCUGAUGUUAUUUCUGUUGAUCUUGCCUCACCGGUGGGAGAAACAAAAUCUAUAAAGCAACGAAAUCGUGGUUUUGCUUUUGUGAAGUUCUCCUCUCAUGCUGCCGCUGCGAGGGCAUUUCGGGUUGGUUCGAAAGCAGAUUUUAUGCUUGGUGGUAAUCUGCAUCCAGCUGUUCAAUGGGUUGAGGAUCAACCUGAAAUUGAUCCAGCUGCCCUAGCCAAGAUCAAAAUUGCAUUUAUCAGGAACCUUCCAUUGAGUGCUGAUGAAAACUAUUUGAAGAAAUUAUUUGAGCCUUUCGGAGAGAUAGAAAAAGUAGUGCUGUGGAGAAAGGGUAGCUCCCCUGUUGGGUUUGUCCACUUUACCAAACGGGCAGAUCUUGAAAAUGCUAUAAGGGGAAUGAAUGGGAAGACAGUACAAUGGCCUAGAGGAGGUCCAACGUCUAUGCUUUCGGUAGAAGUAGCAAGGCCAAUUGACAGAAGCAAGAAGCGCUUACGUGAGGACUCACAUGAGAAAAAAGCAAAUAAGGUUCCAAGUCACACCCCAAGUGCCAAUUUGGGAAUUCCUUUGUCCAGUGAUUGUACAUCUGGUUCGCAAAAGGUGGCUCAAAAGGAAGUUGAGUAUGAGGAUCCUUAUGAAGUGGCUGUACUGUUAUUACCUUUAAGCGUCAGAGAACGGCUACUUAGGAUAUUGCGACUUGGUAUUGCUACUCGAUUUGAUAUUGACAUUCAAAACUUGACCAGUCUCAAAAAACUACCUGAAUCCGCUGCUAUAUCUGUCCUUGACCAGUUUAUGUUAUCAGGAGCAGACAAAGAAAACAAAGGAGUUUAUCUUGCCGGAUUAAUUUCUAGGCAUCAGGUUGACCAGCUGCUUCUGGGUCGAUCUCCAGGUGGUUUGUCAAGGGUAGGAGAUCUUAUUAAGAGUGAUGUGGCUAUUUCCAGCUUCUCCAGUAGAGUUCAUUUGCCAGUUGAUGAUUCUUUUAUCCCUCAUGUGGGCUCGACACAGUCUAGCUUCAUUAGUCAAGUCCAUUUCCCAGUUGUGGAUUCUCUUGCCUCACCUGCAUACUUGUCAGUGCCCAGGUCAGGCAACUAUGUGCCCCGCUAUACUGCAUUAGUUUCCGACUAUCCCAUAAUGACUCGAGAAUCGCUUAAAUUAACAAAAGAGACGAGCUCUUCACCUUUGCAGCCUUACGGAAGAUUAACGUUGGAUCCCCAAAUAACAGAAAUGGCUGAUCGUCCACCUCAUCGGCCCCAAAUCAGAUUCGACGCUUUGACUGGUGAACCAUACAAAUUUGACCCUUUCACAGGUGAACGAAUCCUUCCAGAUAAUCCACAGCACCGUUUUUAAAGGUAUCAUGAUCCUCAAUGUCAAGAUGCUGGUUGCUUUUAAGCAGCCAUGGCGGAUCUCACCUUUUGACAGCGCCUAUAAAUAGUACGUCUGUUUGGGCCAUUUUCUUCCAGAUUAAUAUUAUUGAUUUUUAUGUAUGUUGCUUAAUUAAUAAAUGCCUGAGUAAGUAGUUUAGAGAUUCCAGUUUUUAUUGACUUUUAGCCGCACAAGUUGUCGGAAUAUGAUUCAACAUGCAAACAGAAGACUUCAAAUAUUACCGCCAAACAAGUAUUGUUGGCGUGUUGGGGUUGGCGAGUUUGAAAAGAAGAAUGUACUGGAGAUA